UGCAGUGUGUUUUCUUAGCAAGAAGCUGUCAAACUAUCUCUGCUGCAAGCUGUAAACAGGGGCACAAGUUAGUAAAAAACGUCGGUUUUAACACACUGUGUUGGUUUGUGUGGAGAAUAAAGCAGCCAGCCAGGAGAGGACAAUGGAAGACGACAUAUUAACGACGCUGAAAAUCUUGAUAAUCGGAGAAAGCGGCGUUGGAAAGUCCAGCCUCCUCUUAAGAUUCACAGAUGACACAUUUGAUCCAGAGCAAGCGGCAACAAUAGGUGUUGACUUCAAAGUGAAAACCAUCGCUGUGGACGGUAACAAGGCAAAGCUGGCAAUAUGGGACACUGCAGGCCAAGAGCGUUUCCGAACCCUGACGCCCAGUUACUACCGCGGAGCCCAGGGAGUCAUCCUGGUUUAUGAUGUCACUCGACGGGAAACUUUCACCAAGCUUGACAACUGGCUCAAUGAACUGGAGACGUAUUGUACAAGGAACGACCUCGUGAAAAUGCUGGUGGGGAACAAAAUCGAUAAGGAAAACCGCGAGCUAGACAGGAACGAAGGGCUGAAGUUUGCAAGAAAACAUUCCAUGCUUUUUAUAGAGGCCAGCGCUAAGACGAGGGACGGAGUUCAGUGUGCAUUUGAAGAGCUGGUAGAGAAGAUCAUCCAGACUCCCGGGCUGUGGCAGAGCGAGACCCACGGCCGAGGAGUCCAGCUCACUGACGAAGAUGCUGGUGGAGGAAGCUGUGGUGGCUACUGCUCUCUGGUUUAGACAACACAUGCGCAGAAACAACACGGACACACACAAGCCCACACACACACACACACACACACACACACACACACAGGUGUACACAUGUGAAUAUUACAUAAAAUGUCACACUCACACGCAAACAUAUACAUACACACUCGAGAGAAGAAGUCCCCCCGGUCCCAGUGUGUGCUGUCCUGAGCUGAGCUCCCUCCUCAGACAUGAAGGCCGUGGUAGCCGGUGUCCCCAGAGGUUUGAGGCUUGUCCCUCCUCACUCACCACCUGUGUUCUCACAGACAUUUCUUUUUGCACACUUUCCAAUACCAAGGCUGUGCUAAACUGCUCAUACAGCUCAGCCCUUCUCUCGCUCCUCUCUUGAGUAGUAGUUUUGUGUAGUUGCAGGACCUAUGUCAAAAUGGUACUUAUUUCUCUGUUCAUGCUUUAUGGUUUAAUUGUAAUAGGACAAGAAAACAAGCCCAGUGCUGUAACCCUCAGUCUGGCGGGCUUUAAUUUCUGAAGUAUGAUAAGGGAAUGAAAAAACUGUUUUGACCCAAGUUGUCUUACUCGUCUCCAGCAUGCUUAUCGUCCUCCUUGCACCUUGCCCAAGCAAACACGACAGUGUCAAAAGCAGGGCUGACUUUUCCCCAAGUGUUUGUCCUUUCUCCGCUCAGUCCUGUGCUUGAUCUUGCCUUGUCCCCCGGCACAGCACCCGUCAACAUGAUGCUGCUUAUGAAGAAGCUUAUCUAGCCAAGCUGUCUUGUAUUCUUCUCAGUUAGGGUCCGGGAUCAUGUGUCUCUGUUGUCCUCACAACUGCCUCCUUUGUUCACAGUAUAAUAGAAUUACCAAGUGUUUGGAAUGACGUUUUACUAGUUUUAAUGUGUCAGACUCCAAACCUUUAAGUAUGUUUUUGAAGAGUGCAUAAAUCAAAGAGAUUGGCACCGUCAGACGUUCCUUUGGGUGCCCAAAGAAAAGAGAGAAGCUCUUAAAAUUGCACGCCUUGUUUUGUAAGUAGUUGCUUUAAUGGGGUGUGACCUGCUGGCACUGCCUCACUCAGACAGAUAAUAUCAGUAAUAUCACUAGCACUGCACCAGCCUUUCAUAUAUAGAUCCCCUCAAGCUGGACGGAGACAAAGGAAAAGUGUUCAAUAUUAAACAGGGCAGUGAGUCAUAAGGGUGUUUCCACUGAAAUUGGAAAAUCAAAGAAAAAGCCUUAUGCUCCACAUUACUAAUGUAUUUCGCAGUACUCCUAUCUCUGCAUUUGUAUCCGAGAGGCAGUUGUAAAUGUACUGUGCCCCUGACCUCUGAUUAUGUUUGCAGUAUUUGAGUGCUGGUGUAUGUGUUUUGGGAAAUUCUGGGAAAUUAGUUUUGAGAGCGUGAUCUGUGACAGGGAUGGUGACACAGAUGCCUUUAUGUCUUAGUAGAAACAGGAUGUGUACUUUUUAUCUUUUUACUUGCAUGGGAAAAAACUUUAUUUUGUGUCAUUCUUUCAUGUUUGUUUGUCCAUUAUAUGACCUACAAAGACUAUUAAUUCUGAACAUUUUAAAAAAUAGGAUUAUAUUAAGUUGUACAUUGUAACCCCUCAUACAGGUUUACCAUUGGAAUUUAAUGGCACAUUUGUCUCAAAAAUAAAUAAAUUACUUAAUCAUUAAAAUUGCAUAAGUCUUUUGACUGUUCAGAAUUUGUAUGUGAAAGUGUAUGGAUAACUUGAAAACUGAUGUGUAAUUUAGGUAUUUGAUGAAAUAAUUUCUUUAUGAAGUGUAAAGCUGAAUGUAUACAUAUUUCACUACAAACCGCCCUAUGUAUUAAACUAAAUAAAAUACUUUUUUUUAAACAAUU